AUGAAAAGACAUAGUAUAGGCAAACGAUUUCGUAAAAUGAAAGGAUUACGCAAAGUAGAUCCUAAUGCAGUUAUUCCAGAAGCUCCUAAAUAACUAUAAGAUUAUAUAGAUAUCUUAACUGCCCAAGGUUUAUAAAUUAACAAAGUCAAAUAUGCAAUCUUUCAAACUAAAAAUGGUUUAAAAUAUCCAGGCCUUAUUGGUAUUCAAGUAUAUCAUAAUUUAGCAUCUGAAAAGAUUCUCUCUAAUGAAACCCUUGUUUCAGUACCUAAAGAUUUAUUACUCACUACAAGACAUGCAUUUGAAUCUCCAUUAAAAUAAAUGUUUUUAGAUCAUCCACAAUACUUUAGUAAUCAAUUUUACUCCUCAUGGGAAGAUCAUUUAUUAUUGGCAUUUAUUCUAUAUGAAUAUUAAAGAGGACCUUAAUCUUAAUGGCAUCUCCUUAUCUCUAAUCUACCCAGAGAUAUUGAUUAUUUAGUAUUUUGGAGUCAUGAGGAAUAAGAUUUAUUAGAUGAUUAAUAAUUAGUCAAAUUAGCUAGAAAAUAGUAUCAAGAAUUUUUAGUUGAAUUUGAAACUCUCAAAUGUAUUACUGAUAAAUAUCCCAAUCUUUUUGCACCAGAAACUGUUACUCUAGAAAAUGCCAGAUGGGUUUACACACAUCUUGUUACAAGAUGUUUUGGCAAAUAUCUAGCAUAUGUAACAAUGGUACCAUUUUGUGAAUUGUUCAAUCAUGAAUGUACAGAUGUGUUUUAUGAUUUUGAAUACAAUGAUGAUAACCCUCAUAAAAGUGAAGAAAGUGAAUAGACUUAAGUAAAAGAAUUAAAAGAAGAUGAAGAAUUAUCAGUUACAUCUUCUGAAGGAUCUUAUCAUUCAGAUGAUGAAAUAAGUGAUUCAGAAUAUAUUACAGACACGUUUGAUCAAUUUACAGAAUUUGAUUUUGAUCAAUUUAGCUAAGUAUCUACUAACAAUUUCUAUGAAGAGUUUGGGAAGACUUUUGAUAUAAAAUAAUAAGAAAAUGAGGAAGAAGAUGAAUUCAACAAAAGAAUAAAGGAAUUAUAAGAGAAAUAAAUUAAAAUGAGGAAAGAUUUUAAUAUUAAACUGAAUCUUUAAAGAGAAAUAUUUUUAUUAUCUCGAGAUUGUAAAUCAUUCAUAUUUUAAAAUAUCGAUUAUGGAGAUAAUUAUUCUAUUUUUUUUAUUGGAUAGAUGUUCAACAAACUUGAAAAAUCUAUUUAAGAAUAUAUUAAUGGAGAUAAAGCUUAUUUUAUGGCCAGAGAAGAUAUCAAAAGAAUAUAAUUAUCUUGUAAUACAUACAAAAAUAACUUGUAUGCUUUUCAGAAAGAUGUAAUGAAAAAACCAAUCUAUCAAACUAGUUAUUUUCAACAAAAAAGAUCAAAGACUCAAAAUUCCACAUUAGACAAUGUUUAACAAAUACUCUCUUAACCUUUAGAUUAUGAUUGUGAAUAUUAUAAAACAGUUUGGGAUAAAGAUAAAUUUGAUAGAUUUGUUAUGAAAACUGCUAGUAAAGAUCAAUUUGAAAAAGGAGCCUAAGUGUAUUUUUGUUAUGGUCGAUUGUCUAACAGAAUGAUGCUUAUGAGAUAUGGAAUGACUUUAGAAUACAAUAAAUAUGAUCAUGCUCAUUUAAGAAUAGAAUAUUUGAAAUAUAUACAAAAUAAUGAAGCCAUAUGGUUAGUCCACAAAUAUUAAUUAAGCAAAUACAAAAGAUUUAAAUUAAAACAUACUACUUUUCCAAUUGAUUUUAUUGUUUUCUGUAAAUCUAUCUAUUGGUAACCAUAAUCUAAAUACAUUUUGUAGGACUUUUAAUGUAAAUUCUUUAGACUCUUUUUUUAAGAUCUAAGAUCUUCAAUUAGAAAGAAAAGCUUUAUAAUUAGCUUUAGAAAUCUUAGUUGAAGAAAUUUCUAAAUUUUCAGAUAAAUUGGAAGAAAAUGAAAAAUUAUUGUAUGACAAAAAAUUAGGAUAUCAUGAAUAUUUCGCUGUUAUAUAUAGGUUGGAAAGAUAAAGAAUUUAUCAUCAUAAUAUUAAGUAAUUUUUGAUAUAUUAAAAUAGUUUAAUCAAAAUUUGUAUUGUUGUAAUAGAUAGAAUGUUAGAUGGAAUACCUUUUGAAUAAGCCACAGUAAAAACAUAAUUUGAUUUUGAUUAUUGUGAAACAAAUCGAAUAAUUUUAGCUAAAUAUUUUGAACAAAUGAGAUAUGCUCUCUAUUUACCAAAAUGA